AUGAAGACCAUCUACGCCCUCAUCAUUAUCAACAAGGCCGGCGGCCUAAUUUACAACAAGACCUUCCACGAAGGCGGCCUCAACCAACUAAGCACAAACGACUAUCUUGUCCUAGCCGGCACAUUCCACGGCGUCCACGCCAUCACAACCCGACUCAGCCCUUUCAAACACACCCAAACCCCAGCGGGCCCCAACGCCAUCCCCUCGCGCCCCGAACCCCCCUCGGGCCUCGAAGUCCUCGAGACGGAAAAUUUCCGCCUGCAGUGCUUCAACACGCUUACGGGGACUAAGUUCUUACUGUUUAGCGAGACGACGCAGGCCAACGUCGACGUGACGAUACGGCGUAUCUAUGAGCUAUACUGCGACUAUGUUAUGAAGAACCCGUUCUACCAGCUGGAGAUGCCGGUGAGGUGUGAUGCUUUUGAUAGGAAGCUGCUUUCGUAUAUCAGGGAGAUUAAUAGCAGGUGA